GCCUGGGUACAUCAUCAUCGCCGUCAUCAUCAUCAUCAUCAUCACCACCAUCAUAUAGUCCCCUAGCACCAAGGGCCUAAGGUAGGUAACUGCUCCCGACGGCUCGGAGGCCAAUGUCAACUAACCAAGAGUGAGCCGCGCAGGCCUCGCUGGAAGAGGGAGAAACAGGUUGUCUCUCCGUGGCCAAGCAUACGCGAACCCCGCACCAUCGUUCAAGAUGGUUCGCCUACCGAUUCCGCAGCGUAUCAGCUCCCACUUAAGUUCCAAGUCCUCGACACCAGCCCAGGGUCCAAGUCGAAGUACGAGUCCGCUGAGAAUGCAGUUUGAAAACAAGAGCCUGGUUUUGAGGACAACGGUGGUCAAGGGGAGGAACCUAGCGCCCAAAGAUAGAGGCGGUACCAGCGAUCCGUAUCUGAUCGUAACCCUUGGAGAUGCGAGAGAAUCGACCCCGACGAUAUCGAAGACCCUGAACCCGGAGUGGAACGUGACAUUUGACCUGCCAAUUGGGGGCGUGCCUUUGCUAGAAUGUAUCUGCUGGGAUCAUGACAAGUUCGGAAAAGAUUACAUGGGCGAGUUCGAUAUUCCUCUGGAAGAGAUCUUCGCGGGUGGUGAGCUGCAGCAGCAACCAAAAUGGUACACGCUCAAGUCGAAACGAAAGCCCGGGAAAAAGGGAAGCACGGUAUCAGGAGAAAUCCUUAUGCAAUUUUCACUCUAUGAUGCAUCCAACCCCGCUGCUUCCCCGGAAGAGACAUACCAGAAGUUUAAGGCUGUUGUCCGCGCUGCAGAUGAUGAGGAUGAGCUCUCCCGGGCGAAUACAAAUGAAUUGGAGGACAACGAGACAUCUGAGGAAACAGACGAUCAAGGAAAGUCGGAGGGCGUCGAGAAGCAAAAGAGGAAACUCCGCAUUGCUCGCCUGAAGCGCAAGUCGAUUGCGGCUAGGGCCUACCAAUUCAGCGGCGCUGGAAACGGAAUCUCUGGCAUUGUCUUCUUGGAGAUUUCCAGAAUUAAAGAUCUUCCGCCCGAACGCAACGUGACGCGCACAUCCUUUGACAUGGACCCGUUCGUCGUGACCUCUCUGGGAAGGAAGACCAUGAGAACCCGAGUUAUCAGGCAUAAUCUUAACCCGGUUUUCGAUGAGAAGAUGGUGUUCCAGGUCAUGAAGCAUGAACAGCAAUACACCAUGAGUUUUACCGUCAUCGAUCGAGACAAGCUUUCAGGAAAUGAUUUUGUGGCUUCAGCCAGUUUGCCCCUGCAGACCCUCAUUCAAGCUGCUCCUGAAGCUGAUCCAGAAACGGGUUUGUACCGACUCCCUGAGCCCUAUGGAAAUAUUGCUCGCACUCCUCCUGCUACGAAAUCUCGUUUCCGACUUCCAAUGAGCCGCUCUUCGUCAAGUACUAGUCUCUCGAAAAUGUCGAAGCCACCCUUGAAAUCAAAAAGCUCGGGAACAUCAUUAUCUACCCAGUUCCAGCAAGACCAGCAGACCCCGACUCCUUCGACCAGUGCGCCGCCAUCUGACACCACCAGCACUCAUCUGACUGUCCCAAGCGUUGCUCCGAGCUCUACCCCUAACCCGGUUGCUGCUAACUUGAACGACGACGCAGUCACACCUCUUAGCCAGGAAGAGGAUCUCAAAGCCUAUACAAUCCCCCUUCAGCUGAAGAACAAGGAUCGCUGGGAAGAUAAGCACUCCCCGGAAUUAUACAUCAAAGCCAAAUAUAUGCCGUACCCUGCACUCAGGCAGCAGUUCUGGAGAGUGAUGCUCAAGCAGUACGAUGCCGAUGACAGCGCCCGGGUUAGUAAGGUCGAACUGACAACGAUGCUGGACACUCUUGGGUCUACCUUGAAAGACUCAACCAUCGAUGGGUUCUUCAGAAAAUUUGCCGCUGAAAACGAGCCAAGUGAGACGGUGGAUCUCACUUUUGAUCAAGCGGUGAUCUGUCUCGAGGAAAAGCUCCAGGAACUACAGAAGAAGAGCGUCCGCGAUAUUGGUGCAAAGGUCAAGAGCUUGCUGCCGGGAACGACCGAGCCCUCUGUGGAGGGUCAGGAGGAACGUGAAGAUGAGGUCAGCAGUGAUGAGCUGGCAGCGGAAAAUAAUUCAACGCCGGCCUCCAACACUGACACUGAGCGUACAGCCGUGCCAGCUAUCUCCAGCGAGGAACAGACGACCAGCGAUGAGCUCUCCCCAGAUGAUCUCGCCGAUGAGCGAGGCGAGGAACACGUCGUCGAAAUACGUGAAUGUCCUUUGUGCCAUCAACCGCGACUCGGGAAACGCAGCGACGCGGAUAUCAUCACACAUAUCGCUACAUGUGCUAGUCAAGACUGGCGCCAAGUCGAUAAUCUUAUGAUGGGCGGUUUUGUCACCUCGAGUCAGGCACAACGCAAAUGGUACUCCAAGGUCAUAACGAAGAUCUCGUACGGAGGCUACAAGCUUGGUGCGAACUCUGCCAACAUCCUUGUCCAGGAUAGAAUUACUGGACAGAUCAAUGAGGAGCGAAUGAGCGUUUACGUCCGACUCGGUAUUCGCCUGCUCUACAAAGGCCUUAAAAGUAGGGAGAUGGAAAAGAAGAGAAUUCGUAAAAUGCUCAAGUCCCUAAGCAUCAAGCAAGGAAAAAAGUAUGAUGACCCGGCUUCUGCCAGUCAGAUUCGGGGAUUUAUUAACUUCCAUCAACUUGACAUGUCGGAAGUCUUGCUUCCUGUAGACCAGUUCAAAACUUUCAACGAGUUCUUCUAUCGGGCUCUAAAGCCCGGAGCUCGUCCCUGCUCCGCACCGGACAACGCAAAGAUUGUCGUGUCCCCCGCAGACUGUCGGUCCGUUGUCUUCGAUCGUAUCGAUGAAGCGACUAAGAUCUGGGUGAAGGGCAGAGAGUUCUCGGUGGAGAGACUCCUUGGAAAUGCUUAUCCGGAAGACGCAGAACGCUACAAGAAUGGUGCUCUGGGAAUCUUCCGUCUGGCACCGCAGGAUUAUCAUCGCUUCCAUAUUCCUGUCGAUGGUGUCCUGGGAACUCCCAAGACUAUCGAAGGAGAGUACUAUACGGUUAACCCAAUGGCUAUCCGUUCAGCUCUGGAUGUGUAUGGUGAGAACGUGAGGGUGCUAGUUCCUAUCGAUUCCGUUGCACACGGACGGGUCAUGGUCGUCUGUGUCGGUGCGAUGAUGGUGGGGAGCACUGUGAUCACUCGCAAACCCGGUGAGAAGGUGUCUCGAGCUGAAGAGCUCGGUUACUUCAAGUUUGGCGGCAGUACAAUUCUCUUGUUGUUUGAACAGGGUGUGAUGAACUUCGAUAGCGACCUGGUAGAUAACUCAAAGGGCGCCCUCGAAACUUUGGUAGGUGGACCUCAGCCCUCUUCACUUCGUACUCCGAUCCUAACUGAUAUACCUGUACAGAUCCGCGUCGGCAUGUCCAUUGGUCAUUCUCCUGAUCAGCCACAGCACGAGCCGGAUAUGCGUAAGAACGAGGAAGACAUCUCCAACGAGGAGAAGCAAGCGGCCAAGCGGCGGAUCGAAGGAAGCUUGGCUCCUCCAACAGAUCUGGCAUCUGUCAAAUAGGCACUUGAUCCAUUUGGAAGCAGGCCUUCCUGUUGGGAUCACUAGGCCUAAGCCGUUACGAGAGAUGCCACCAUCCCAGCGACUACGGGGUUAAUUCC